AUGCCGCUUACCGUGGUUGAGCGCGUCGCCAGCCCUCAAAAAGCUGGGCUACACCAGCCGCGUUGUUGCAGCCAGACCCAUGCCUGUCGCCAGAAUCGCCGCCGCGCAAACAAAGAACUUGUCCUGCGUGCGCUCAUCUUUACCUUGCCCUGGUUCUUUUAUUCUCGCUACUUCUUUUCCAGAAUUGAUGCUGACGAUACCUGUUUCUUUCGCAUCCAGAUCAUGCAGCAGUGGCAGGUCGGCCCCGUGCCGGACUAUGUUUACACCAACUCCACUCAUCCACCCAACGACAUGCACAAUCACCCCUACCAACCUGAUAUGGCACGGCGAACCGAUCAGCGUAUAGACUUUCCAUACGGUACUCCGCAAUCCGGCAUGCCACCUCAGCAGCAGCAGCAGCAGCAGCCGCACCAUCCAACUCCAGUUCAACCACCGAUGAAUGUUCCCCAACCUCCAAACGCUGCAGCUGCUCAACAGCAGGCCCCGACCCCAACCCCGGCGCAACAAAGUCGCCAGCGAAAGCGACCUGCUCCAAAUACUGCCCCGUCUCCGGCUACAGGAGCACCCGCCGCUCCUGUUGCGGCAAGCCAAGUUCAACCACCGGUCCCAACUCCUCCCACACCACAGAAUGCUCCUCCUCCACCUCAGCCACAACCACCGACAGAUGAUGCCAAUACCACACCGGUGCAGCCGCCUCCGGCUAAGAAGAGUCGAACCAAUACCCCAUGGACGCCUCAAGAAGAAUUGCGGUUGAAACAGAUGCGGGAUUCCGGUAACAGCUGGGCAGAAAUUGCGAAGACAUUCCCGACGCGAACAGAGGGCUCGGUGAAGAAGCAUUGGUACAAGGACAUGCAUUACGCCGAGUUCGCUGAAGACGAGAGUCAAGCCCUGAUGAACGCAAUCAAGGAGUACGAAAACAACAAAUGGAAAGUCAUUGGCCAAAAAGUUGGCAAACCGGCAAAGGCAUGUGAACAGUAUGCAAAGGAGCAUUUCCCAGAUCUCUUCUCGAACAGCAAGGGGAGGUAA